GCGGCGAGAGGGGUUUGCUGGGAGGACGAGAGGGAAGCAGCAGGGGAGGGAGAAGGGAGGGCGGAUGCCCCCCGCGCCCCUCCUCCUCCCCUCCUCCUCAGUCCGCCGGCCCCUCCUCUCACCGCCUCCCUCCGCCCUCCUCCCUCCCUCUGUAAGACAUCCCGGCCCGGCCCGGCCGCCGCGGCCACCUUCCCCGCCGGAGCUGCAGAUGUGGCGGAGCGGCCGGGUGCCGGGCGGCCGUGCCAGGGGAACCCGCGCCCUGUGAGCCUCACGCCCCGGCCCCCCGCCCGCCCCGGCCCCUCCCCCGCUCACUCCCCGCAGCCCCCAGACCGCCGGAGCCCGCAGUGGGGAGCCCGACCGCCCCCGCCGCCGAGGUUCUUGCCUGACUACCAGCUUGGGAUCUCCCCACCAGCUGCUGCCACUUCCACCCCCCGCCCAUCACUAUGCACUCCUUGGACGAGCCGCUUGACCUGAAGCUGAGCAUCACCAAGCUCCGGGCGGCGAGAGAAAAGCGGGAGAGGACACUAAAUGUGGUCCAGCACCGAGCUCUACACCGGGAGCUUGGCUUGGUGGACAGCAGUCCCUCCCCAGGCUCCCCACCCUCAGGCUUCCUGCUGAACCCCAAGUUCCCUGAGAAGGUAGAGGGACGCUUCUCAGCAGCCCCUCUGGUAGACCUCAGCUUGUCACCGUCAUCAGGGCUGGACUCCCCCAACGGCAGCAGCUCUCUGUCCCCUGAGCGCCAGAGCAACGGUGACCUGUCUGCAGUCCACACCACUCCGGAUUUCCGGCCACUGCGCUAUCUGGACAACGUCCCCAGCUCCUUCCAGUUCUUCCUGCCUCUGGGUUCUGGAGGCGCCCUGCACCUGCCUGCUUCCUCCUUCCUCACCACCCCCAAGGACAAGUGCCUCUCUCCAGAGCUACCCCUGCCAAAGCAGUUGGUUUGUCGCUGGGCCAAGUGUAACCAGCUCUUUGAGCUCCUGCAAGAUUUGGUGGAUCACGUCAAUGACUACCACGUCAAGCCGGAGAAAGACGCCGGGUACUGUUGCCACUGGGAGGGCUGCGCGCGUCACGGCCGAGGUUUCAACGCCAGCAGGUACAAGAUGCUCAUCCAUAUCCGCACACAUACCAAUGAGAAGCCGCACCGCUGCCCUACCUGUAGCAAGAGCUUCUCCCGCCUAGAGAACCUGAAGAUCCACAACAGGUCACACACAGGUGAGAAGCCCUAUGUCUGUCCAUAUGAGGGCUGCAACAAGCGCUACUCCAACUCAAGUGACCGCUUCAAGCACACUCGAACCCACUACGUGGACAAGCCCUACUACUGCAAGAUGCCCGGCUGCCACAAGCGCUACACGGACCCCAGCUCUCUGCGCAAGCACAUCAAGGCCCACGGCCACUUUGUGUCCCAUGAGCAGCAGGAACUCCUGCAACUGCGCCCUCCCCCCAAACCACCACUGCCUGCCCCGGACGGCAGCCCCUAUGUCAGUGGGGCCCAGAUCAUCAUCCCCAACCCAGCUGCCCUUUUUGGAGGCCCCAGCCUCCCUGGCUUGCCACUGCCCCUGGCCCCUGGCCCCCUUGACCUCAGUGCCCUGGCCUGUGGCAAUGGUGGGGGCAGUGGGAGUGGGGCUGGCAUGGGCCCUGGGCUGCCAGGCCCCGUCCUGCCCCUCAAUCUGGCCAAGAACCCACUGCUGCCCUCACCCUUUGGUGCUGGUGGACUGGGCCUGCCUGUAGUCUCCCUCCUGGCUGGCUCCAUGGGUAGCAAGGCUGAUGGGGAGAAGGGGUGUGGGGUGGUGCCGGCCAGGGCCUUGGGCCUGGAGGGCCGAAAGACCCCUCUGGAGAGGACUGAGAGUAGUCGUUCCCGGCCCAGCCCUGAAGGACUUUCCCUGCUGCCAGGUACCGUGCUGGACCUGUCCACGGGCGUCAAUUCGGUGGCCAACAGCUCAGAGGCACUGGCCCCUGGCUGGGUGGUCAUCCCACCGGGCUCUGUGCUGCUCAAACCAGCCGUGGUGAACUGAACCCAUCCCAGGGAGCGACCCGGAGCUCCUGGCCCUGCCCCGACGAACAGAAACUCUUCUGCGAAAUAGCAAUAAUGUCCUCCUGCUCCCAAAGCCUGGUUGGCUGUGUUCCCCUGGCAGCCCCAGCCCCAGACAAGCUGGGCAGCGAGGAUGGUGCUAGGUCACUGCUGGUGUCCCAGGCUCCCAGGGGAGGACCUGCCUGCAGGCCGGAGACACCUGAGCUCUUGCUGAGGCCCUGCUCCCCUCUGGCCCUGUCUUCCUGCCCUGCCCUCCACCCCGGUGCCUCCCUCAACCUAGUGGCCAACCUGGGCAGGUCACCCUCCUUCCCUUCCUUGUCUACUUGGCAGCCACGUCCCAGCAGUGGGAGCAGAUGGGGUGGCAUCUGCCUCUGCUGGCUCGGUGCUCCAACACCCCUUCGUGUGGUGGGCUAUGACAAGGAGCCUGGGAUUAAGACCCACCCCGCCUGCCCAGCCUUACCAGGCCCCGGCUCUGGGGGCUCCUUGGACCCCUUUCCCUCUGGCCCACCCUCCAGAGGGAAAGCAAGACAAAAUAAGGCCCCUGCAAAGCCACAGGAAGAGCCACCAUACCCUUAUGACAAGGUGCCCCCUACUCAGAGGGAGGCCUGCUCUGCCCACUGCCCCUCCGCACCUACCUACCCAUCUGAUGCAGCCAGUACUGCCUGAGGGUCGGCCCCUUCUCCACACUGGACAGUGCUCUCCAAAGGGAGGGGACAGCUCACCACUCAGCUGCCCCUUUACCACUGGUGUCCCUCUACCUUUUGGGGAGCUAUGAAGUAUGGGAAGGGGAGGUGCCAGGACCUUGGGCCCACCUGGCUGCAGGGGCAGUGUUCCCCCCACCCUGCACUAGAGGCUGUAGAAGCCAGCAGGCUGGUAGGAGGUGGGAGGCUGGCUGGGACACCCCAGGUUGCUAUGUAACUUUCAUUCUGAGGCUGCCAAGUCAUAUCCAAAGCACAGGUGAGGGAGAGCUAGAGGCCAGGGCCCACCAGAGGCCAUGGGAGGCCCAGCCCCUCCACCUGAGUGGGGGGAGUUGGUGGAAGGAGCCUAGACUUGUGACAUACUGUUUCCUCUGGCUUUUCCCAACAAAGCCCCUCAUCCUAGAGAGGCUUUUAUUUUUACUCCCAGGGUCCAGAAUAAGCCAAGGAUGCUGAUAUUCCACGUACCUACUGUCCAACCCUGGGGAGUGGUCUUCCCCAUCCCUGAGCCUUUGCUGUGCCCUGAGAGGUAGCCUGGUGCAGUCUGGGAGGCAGUGGCCCAGCCAUCAGGAGCUGUGGCUCCUAGGCCUGCCCUGUCCUUGGCCUCAGUGAGCAAGCCUUCCCUUUCCCUGGCAGCAGAACAAGUGAGCUGCAGGACAGUAGUAGGGUCCUUAGCAACCCUGCAUUUCCAGAUUCCCCUUGCUGUUCCUCUGAGCAGCUCUGUUGACCCCUGCCCUUUCCUGGACUGCCCUUCUAUCCCAGAGGGGUCACCCUGACCUAGCCUGCCCUAAUAGGGCCCGGCAGUGCUGGCUUUGCCUCUCGAAGGGGCCAUGAGCAAAGCAGGAGGGAGCUGGUCUCCUUUCUUCGGGCCCCAUCCAGGACCCAGGCCUUUAAGUCCCCCACUAGGGGGAAAGGGGUUUGAGAUUCAAGCCCAAGGAGCAGAGGAACAGGGCACUGGAAGGUGACAUUAGCUCAGCAUGUGACUCAGUGAUAGACCAGGCUCAAGAGGGCUGGUGUACGUGUUGUUGUUGGUUUCUUGUUGCACAUUCCAGGAUAUCAGUAUUUUAACAGGUUCUAAGUGCCUUUCUAUCAUAGCAUAUGUUUUUCCUCCUCUUGGCUCCACUGCUGUUAGCAUAGAGUAAAAAACAAAAAAAGAGAUAAGCUAAUGACUAUAACAAUAUAUUCCUCCAUGUGAGAGGAAGUUUAUAAAGAAACAAUAAAAGCAAGUUGCAAAGAUGG